CACACCAAGCCACAAUAUACAUUACACUCCAAACAUUGGUCGAUGCUAGUACAGCCACGGGGACUUUAAUAUCUGUAUAAAUACAAAGUCUCUUUGGCCGUCUUACUAUAACCAAUUCUCCAAGCUUCCCUUUGAGUUUGAGCUUCUUCUUCUUACUAUAACCACUUGUAAACACUUAAAACCAACCAGACACAAUGGGAAUGAAAUGCCUAUUACCUCCGGCUUUCACUCAAAUGUUUGGCUGCUCAAACCAAAUCGAUCGAACCAGCAACUUCGUAAACACCCACAACAAAAUAAAGAUGAUCGAGAAAGAGGAAUUUCCAAGUGGGUUUCAAGUUCCUCUUCACUACCCUAGAUACUCCAAGUCUGAUUAUGAAGCCAUGGAUGAUCUCAGCCUUGACUUGCUCCUCAAACAAUAUGGAAUCUCCUUCGAAGGAUCUCUUGAAGACAAGAGGGUCUUCGCUAUUGAAUCAUUUCUCUGGCCUGAUCAGCUUUAGAGGCUAUUUAUAUUUGGUGUUUGAUUAUCUAAAUCUCUCUCUUCACCAAUGUCCGAUCAUAUUAUGAAGCAUGUAAUUUACAUAUGUAUCACCAUGAGUACAUUAAUUAAUAAUAUUAUAGUUUCAUAUAUUACAUUCUAAAA